CAAGGGUUGACACGCUAAGAUGAUGAAUACUACGCCAGCUAAAUGAGUGGUGGUGCAACGCUAUCCAGGAUAUAAAUUGCGCCCCUGCACCUAGUGUCUUGGAGAUUUCCACGCCUUCCCCACCCCCUGGUUUACCAAGCCCUGGCCAAGCGUGCUUAUGUCUCGGAGAUGAUUGGUAGCCACGAGGAUUGGAGGCUAGAAGCGACCGAUGGAUGUAACAAAAUUUCUUUCCCUCUCCACCUUCCACUAGAAAUGGUCUCGUCGUCGAAUCCUUUCAAGACCGUGCAUAAGCGGAUAAAUCAUCGUGGGACGGGGAAGGGGGAAAAAGGAAGGAAUAGGAAUCCCUGCAUCUUAUCGAUCUUUGAUCGGUCUUAGGAUCCCAGGGCGAGUUAUGGCAUUUAAGUACAGUCAGCACGUUCUCCUUGUCGACAUCUCACUUUUCCGAUCGGAUAUGUCUCACUCGUGCAAAGGGAACCAGUCGAUAUGGGCGAGUACAUCCCAUAUGUAAUAACAUCCACCGAUCGGAGCGGCAUGCUCGUCAUCGUCGAGACAAUGUUCAUGUCAUGGAUGAUCAUGGUCUGUUUGAUCCGUCUGUACAUGCGACUGACAAUCAAUGGCCCUGUUAGGGUGGAUGACAUCGCAGCAUUUGCAGGAGGUGCCUUUGGGAUAGCCCACGUGGGAACAAUUAUGCAUGGAGUCUCGCACGGGUUGGGAAGAACCCAAAGUGAAAUAUCCGCAUCGGAUUUGGGGCGCGCUGGACAGGCGCUCUACGCCGCCAAUGUUCUCUUUCUGGCAGGCCACGGAGCUGCAAAAGCUUCCGUGGGUUUCCUUUUGCGACGACUAGGUCGGGAGAAAGUAUACCUACUUGGCUGCAAUAUGGUUUUGGUGUCCACGGCACUAUGGGUGAUCGCCUCGAUGGUGGCCACAACGGUCAGCUGUGCCGCCAAAUACCAAUGGUCUAUUAUGGACCAUUGUCACAACUUGAACAUCGCUUGGAAGGCAGUCACCGCGUUCGAUAUAAUCAUCGAGGCUUUUCUGAUUACCCUAAGUGUUGCCCUAGUUUGGAGCAUCCAAAUGCGUCGCAAAGACAAGGCAACAGUCAUAUUUGCCUUUGGAACUCGGGCCUCAAUAAUUGUCCUAGCCAUCGUCCGUCAAACCUUUCUGAACGACGAGCUCUUCCGUUCCGACGCGCCGUUGCAUCUCUCCGAUAGCCUGACCGUGACGAUAGUGCUCCUCCAUUGUAGCAUUAUGAUAGCGACGAUCCCCUGCCUCAAACCAUUCAUAAUCGCGUUCAAUACAGGCUGGGGCCAAGGUGUCGCAAACAAAAAGGGGACCUCAUACUAUAAACAAUCAGCUACGAGUGGAUCGGAGCACGCCUCACAAGCCCGAGGUCCGAAUACCUCAAGAGGCGAUCAGGACCUUGAUCUAGCUGGGACGCGACUAUCCCACGAAAGCCAGAAUUCGCGACAGUUGAUCAUCCAUGAGACCCGACAGUGGAUUUUGGAGGAGUCGUACGAGAUGCAUCCAGUAAAAUGACUAUUCUAUUUGUCCCGCAAAUCUGUACAUCGGGCUUUUAAAAUCGCAAAACGAAUAAUU